AUGACCAAAAAAAUAGAUCGAAUUCGGGAAAGAAUAAAGACAACUCAGGACAGACAAAAGAGCUAUGCCGACAAAAGCCGAAAGCCGAUUAAAUUUUUGGUGGGAGACUAUGUGAUGCUAAAAGUUUCACUGUGGAAGGGUAUUGUGCGAUUUGGGAAGAGAGGUAAACUGAGUCCAAAGUACAUUGAGCCAUUCAAAGUCAGUAAACGGGUUGGUACAGUAGCGUAUCAGUUAGAGUUACAAGAAGAACUUGACACUAUUUGCAACACUUUCCGAGUUUCAUACUUAGAAAAGUAUUUGGCUGAUCCAAAUAUGGUCGUACCUCUACCUGCGAUUCAGAUUGAUGACAAGUUAAGCUUUGUGGAAACCCCAGAGGCCGUCAUUGAUCGGAAGACUAAAGUAUUGAGAAAUAAAGAAGUUAAUCUGGUGAAAGUACAAUGUCGAUUUCAUAAGGGGCAAGAGGCUACCUGGGAACUCGAGUCUGAUAUGAGAACCAAAUAUCUGCAGAUAUUUGUUUGA